AUGGCCACCACUCUUGCCAACGCCUUCUCGGCCCAGUCACAGUCGACUGCCGUCAUAGUCCCUGGAAAGCCGGCCUUGACCGUCUCCUACCAGCAGCUGAGCGCCGACAUCGCCUCAUUCCAGAAGAAACUCGCUGCACUUGGAAUCUCCCCCGCGUCGGCUGUCUCCAUUGCCCUGCCGAACAGCUAUGAGUUUAUCGUUUCCUUCCUCGCCGCCUCGUGGCAGAGAGCCAUUGCCGCGCCUCUGAACCCCGCCUACAAGCAGAGCGAGUUUGAAUUCUACAUUGAUGACCUCAGCUCCGCCGUUGCCCUCGUUCCCAGGGGACAGUUUGCCCAGGACUCACCUGCUGUCAGGGCCGCUAGGAAAUAUCAAGCUGCUAUUGCCGAGUGCUACUGGAAUGGAAAGGAAGUCGUGCUGGACGUCAAGGAACAGGGAAAGCUGAAGGGAAAGGGGAAUCAGAGAGUUGAGCAGGCUCAGCCCGAGGAUGUCGCCCUUGUGCUCCACACCAGUGGCACCACUGGCCGGCCCAAGGCAGUGCCAUUGACCCACCGUAACCUCACCAGGACCAUGAAAAACAUCCAGAAGACUUACCAACUCUCUCCUCAGGACCGCACUAUGCUGGUCAUGCCGCUGUUCCACGUCCACGGCCUGCUGGCAGGUUUCCUUGCCCCGCUGCAUUCCGCAGGCUCCGUCAUUGUCCCUCCUAAGUUCUCUGCCUCCGAGUUUUGGCACGACUUCACCGAGCACAAAGCCAAUUGGUACACUGCUGUGCCUACCAUCCACCAAAUUCUGCUCAAGAACCCGCCUCCUAACCCUAAGCCCAACAUCCGCUUCAUCCGUUCUUGCUCUUCCCCUCUCUCGCCCAAGGUUUUCCACGAGCUUGAGAAGACAUUCGGUGCGCCCGUUCUUGAGGCCUACGCCAUGACUGAAGCAGCCCACCAGAUGACCUCCAACCCUCUGCCGCAGAACGGCCCUCGCAAGCCUGGCAGUGUCGGUGUCGGCCAGGGCGUCGAGGUCAAGAUCCUUGACCAAGACGGUAAAGAGGUGCCGCAGGGCAAGGAGGCCGAAAUCUGCAUCCGCGGCGAGAACGUGACCAAGGGCUACAUCAACAAUCCGGAGGCCAACAAGUCGAGCUUCACCAAGGAAGGCUUCUUCCGCACCGGCGACCAGGGCAAGCUUGAUGAGGAUGGCUAUGUCAUUAUCACGGGCCGCAUCAAGGAGCUCAUCAACAAGGGUGGCGAGAAAAUCUCUCCUAUCGAACUCGACAACGUCCUGGCACAGCACCCGGCCAUUUCCGAGGCUGUCAGCUUCGCCAUCGCUGAUGAGAUGUACGGCCAGGAUGUUGGCAUUGCCGUCGUGCUAAAGGAAGGCCAGCAGCUCACUGCGGGCGAGCUGAAGGAUUGGCUCAAGGACCGCGUGGCUAAAUUCAAGCUGCCCAAGAGGGUCUUCUUCACCGAUAUCAUGCCGAAGACGGCAACAGGCAAGAUUCAGAGGAGGAAUGUUGCCGAUGCCAUGCUCAAGCAGGCAAAGGCCAAGUUGUAA